CACGCUGCAAGUGCAUAGUAUUGGAUAGAUGGGUGGGCAGAGAGCAUGGGAGUGGUAUCUUUGGGCCUAAAUGCUUCAGGCAGAACCAGGGGUUUCACUUGUUUUUUGAAGGGUUUUUAAGUGCAAUACUCUGGAAGAUGCGUUGUAAUGUGCAAUCUGCAUUAAGGAACACUUCAAGAAUGAGUCCACCACAAGAUAGAAAUAGAAAUUCCUGCAGCAGUGAGACUCUGGCAAAGUGCCUUCAAGCAAAGAAGGACUUGGAAACAGCUAUAUCUGGAAUUGUCAAAGCUGAACAGCAGAUUAAAGAAAACUGGCGGGAGGUCAAGGCCAAGAUCCACAGCCACAUCAGCCGGCAGCUGGAAUGCCUGCGCAGCCGUGAGGUGUGGCUCUUCGAGCAGGUGGAUCUCAUCCAGCAGCUCAAAGAGGAGGCCUUGCAGCAGCAGGCACAGCAGCUCUACUGGUACUUGGGACAGUUCAAUUGCCUUAUUCAUCAGCUGGAACGCUCCUACAGUAAUGAACUGGCAAACCAGAUUGCAGUUUGCCUGGAGAGACUGGGAAGUCUUACACUUAAACCUGAAGAGUCUUCCAUCCUGAAUUUUGAGGCUGACACAUCUCACCUUCGCCAAGCUAUUACCUCAUUUGGUUCCAUUAAAACGAUGCAAACCUCAGAGAGACAGAAUGCUUCUCCCUGGUUCCCAGGGCAGAAUUGUGCCCUAAUGAACUGUGAGCAGCAGCAGAUGCUGUGUGGGACAGUGAGUGCCUCGCUGGCUGACUGGUUACUCGGAAGCAGACCUGUGGGUGUGCGCCAGGCUCCCUAUGGAAUAUGCUCUAACUAUGCAAACAGUUACUGAACAUUGCCUUUUAGUUUUAAUAGAUGUGUUUCAAUGUGUCUUUAUUAGGAUUUCAAUUCUUCCAAAGUCUGCUAUUUUGAGCAAGCCUGGGGAAAUCUGAAGGAUUUGGAGAACUGGCUCCUGCACAAUCAGCAGUGUGAUGUUGCUGGGAAGACAGAUUCCCCUGGUCGCAAGGACUCCACCUCUACUCUCAACUCAUCCUUUUCCACUAUUGAAAAGGUGGAGGAAUUAGAAUCCCUUGAACAGGAAGAGAUGGACCUUUCUGACUGGCUGCUUACUCCUGACACAGAAAAUGGAAGUAUUGCUUCAGAUGAGAAAUGGAAGAAUGAAUUUAAACCUUUUAGGGAAGAAUGCAAUUUGAAUGAUUGGCUCCUCAAAGCUGAAACAUGUACCAGUUGUCGUGGCAGCCAGAGCAAAAGUGUGGAAAUUGAGAACCUGGGAAAUCUGAAGUGCCUGAAUGAGCAUCUUGAUGGAAAAAAAUCAUCCACUACAUCUGCUGUAAAUGCUUGGCUUCUUCAGCAUCCUCAGGCCCCGUUUAAAGUGGAAGAUGUGUGCAAAGCUAAUGAUCUAUGUGCCAGCUUUUCAGAAUGUGUGUGUGAUGAAAACUGUGGAAAAGAGGCUCUUUGCAAAUGGCUUCUGAAGAAAGAUGGGAAGGACAAAAAUGGAGUUCUGGUCAGUCAGAGAGAUGUACCAGACCCUGAGCAUGAGAAGACCAAGUUUGCUGCCAGUUCCUGGCUUAGCCCUGCACAACAGCUCCCAGGGGAACCCAUGAGUGCAGAGAAAGCAGAUUAUUCAGCAGAGAUCGCAGAACCCUGGAAAGCAUUGCUUGAGAGGCCUCUGACAAGCUGGCUGGUCAAGACUGAGCACAAAGCAGAAAGCACAGAAGAAAAGGAGAGUCGGGAAAAAGCAGACAAGAGUUUCAAGAGUCCUUUCCUAGACAUCUUGGCUCCAUUCCACCUCCCCUUAAAUGUAAACAGUUGGGUGUUGACUUCAAAUAACCUAGAAAAUGCAAACCCACCUCCAGUGGAAGAUAAAUGGCUUCUGCGCAAGAAAGCACAAGACUUUGGCCUUCCUACAGUUUGUGACCUUUUUGCCUGUAUGAAACUCAGCGGAGAUAACGAAAAAUGGCUGUAUCGGUCUCCUUUACAGAUGUGAAGAACUGGAAGUGUUGAAAUCAUCCCUUUCCUGCUAUCAGUCGCACAUCACGCUGAGUGACUGCAGCCAGCUGAGUGCUUGUGUUUUGUGUUUGGCCGUCUGCUUUCUCUUCUAAAAUUAUAACAAAAAGAAAAAUUUCUUACCUAACAGAGUUAUGGUGCAGAAGAUCCCUUUUCGUUGUCAUUAAUUCUGAAAUGUAAACCCACUGACCAUAAGCAAUCUGAUGCUUUAGAGGUGUUAGCAAAUUUGUAUGUUAUGGGAAUACAAGGAUCUUGAAUGGGUUGUCACUUGAAGUAUGUUGAAGCCGGGGCAGGUAUAAAGCAGAAUCUUCCUGGUGCUGUGGAACGUCCACCUUUGACAGUGACUUCAGAAGUGCUGCUGUCCCUUUCAGCUGCUACAACUUCGUCAUGCGUUGGGUUCCAGCUUAUUUAGGCUGUACUUGCAAGCAAUUUGUUUUAUGGAGCAGUUGCUCACUUUAGAGGUUUCAUUUGCGUCCUGUGUUGGUGCAUUUCCCAGCUAAAUAUGUAAAAUCCAGACUUUGAAAAAGACAUGGAUUUAUGGGACCUAACACGUGACAGGAGAAAUGGUAACUUACUUUUAAAUCAAAACUUGUGAAUUUUGAGCCUUUCAGAGAACAGGGUAGGGUGUUAAUUUUCAUGCACCAGUAGAUCAGGCCCUACUAUCCCCAGCAUUUACAAACUAUUUGAAUGUCACUGAAAAAGCUGUAAAAUGAAAUGUGUGUUUCUGUUAGUUCUAGAUAAGUCAUAAUGAAUUUUUAUUGACUAAACCACUGGAAAGGAGGCAUCUUAGCUACCUAAAAUUUAAAGGUAAUAUUUGGGGAAUUAGAUGCCUUCAGCAGAUUGAUGUCAUGCUGUUUAGUUGGGAAACACUAACUUGGCAAACUGUGGCUCCCACUGAUGCAGUUUAAAGGUAUUUAAUCUGUGGUUUCCAUGUGAUUAUGUAUGUGAAAGUGGGGUCCAGUAACUCGGAUCUUCCUGAAGCUGUGGACAUAAUAUGAGCAAUACCUCUUCAGAUAUUUAGCCUUUUGAGCCUGUAGGAACGAGUGCAAAGAUGUUAUAUGGAAACGUGGAUCAUGCCUGUCAGGCUCCAUGGAAAAACUGUGAAAUUCCAUAGUUUCUAGUGCAGCUUCUACUCACUUAACAAAUUGCUCUUAGUGACUAUGAAAAAAAGGCCCUCUUCUCCCCAUCCCUGCAGCCUGUCUGGGAAUAAAAGUAAUUUGAGUUCUUCACAACCCUGUAGAAAAGAAAUUAUUAAGAGCUGACCUUGGUGUCACUUUGUAGUGUGAACACAUUCCUGUCUGAUCAAUCCUGUGCAUUCAUUUAAAAGUAAGUUUUUAGUCUGAGAAGGGGAGACUGCACAUCUGAAACCAGACCCUGAAAGGACUUAACAUCAGGAAAACACUUCGAGGCUUUUGUACUUUCAUAGCCAGGGCUUUCUGCUGGAGGCAGAGAGGUGUUUUAGGAGUCCACUUUCCCCUUCACACAUGUCCUUGUUGCUGCUUGGGAAGACUGCACUGUGACUUACUCCAGUAACAGCCUGAUGUGAUUAGCAGUUGAACUUAAUGAAGGUGAUUGACGUGCAGCCCACCUCUUCCAAUUAAUUCCACGUAGUUGUCAUUGUGUGCUACUUUGUCAGUUCAUUAUGAGCCUUUAAAACCUGGGGGUAUGUAUUCCUUUACUCAACUGACUUCUUGUCACUAAUUGAUAUUUAUGUAAAACAUUGAUUAGUCUUUUCCAUUAAAAAAAAUAAUUGCAACCAAA